AACCGGACCCUGAGGGAGCCCACUCGGGUCUCUGCGCACAGUUCAUGCCCCUCAGCUGCCCUGGGCACGAGGCUCAGAAGAAGGGCGGGUCUGGGGGCACCGAGCCCCCGGCGGGGCUUUGGGCACGUCGUACGCGCGGCGACCCGCUUGGCCUGUGCGGGAGGGCCUUCCCAGGUCCGUGGCGGAGAAGCGCGCCGUGUCCGCGCUCCUUCACAGAGGGGUCCCUAACUGCCAGUCCAGUGUGGCGGGGCGCGGAGGGCUCGCCAGCUGCUCGGGUCUGGGUGAGGAUGAACACGUUCGCGAUCCAUUUCCCCGUGACGGGAGCCCCGUUCGGCAGCGGGACCGAGGGCCGAGCCAAUCGGGGCCGUGUUCACGGAGACUCGCCGCCGGGGGCCCCAGCAGCCCGUGACCCAGAGGACGCCGCCACAAGGUAUUUCCCAAGAGCUACCUGGUGCCAAGAUCUGAGGGUCUAGAUGUGGUUAUUGCUUUCAGAAACUACUAGACUGAUCCUACAAAACUCUCCCUAAAGAUUCAUUUUUUGGCAGUCCUUUCCCUGUUGAAUAGUAAAGAUGAAGCAGGCUCCUCAUGGUCUUCCUCCAGGGCUUGGUGACCUUCGAGGAUGUUGCUGUGUAUUUCUCCCAGGAGGAAUGGGGGCUCCUCGAUGUGGCCCAGAGAGCCCUGUACCGACAUGUGAUGCUGGAGAACUUUGCACUUGUGGCCUCGCUGGGACUCUCGGCCUCCCGACCCCGCAUAGUCAUCCAACUGGAGCAUGGCAAGGAACCCUGGGUUCCCAACGGGAGAAACACAACCCUGGCCACAGCAAGGAGAGGCCAGCGGAGGCACAGUCCUGGUUCCCAGUGCCCAGGCAUCAAUGGAGUGGUUUCUGGAGAUUCGGCAUUACUGGGGCCUUUCUUGGACGGUACCCCUCUGACUAGGCCCCCGCCUCCUCGAGUCCCUUCGGCUGGCACCUGUGACCUGGGGCAGGUGGGCCAGCAGAAUGCUCUGCUACCCGGGGAGAGGAAAUCUACGGGGGUGUCAGUCAUCUACUGGGAGCGGCUCCUGCCAGGCUCUAACGGCGGAGCAGCGACCCUUGGCUUGCGCCUGACUGCCCCACUGUGGGCUGCAGAGGGCAGCCUGCCCAGUGGGAGGGUCCGCACAGACUGUCCAGCGCCGGGGAAGCUCCCAAAGCCAGACUUGCGGCUUCGGGAUCCCCACAAGGGAGCCUUCCCACGCGUCCCCGGGCACACUGGCGGUGAGCUCCCACUGUACGGGGAGGAUGUGCUGGCGCUGCUGACUAGCGACACACAGGCCCUAGCCCCUAACCAAGAGCCCCCAGUGGGGGACGCGCUGGGCGAGGCCCUCCACGUGGUGGCUGGCCUCCCACCUGGGGACAAGCCUUUCGAGUGCAGGGCCUGCAGCAAGGUGUUCUUCAAGAGCUCCGACCUGCUUAAGCACCUGCGCACACACACAGGCGAGCGGCCGUACGAGUGCGCCGAGUGCGGCAAGGCCUUCAGCCAGACGUCCCACCUGACGCAGCACCAGCGCAUCCACAGCGGCGAGACGCCUUAUGCCUGUCCGGCCUGCGGCAAGGCCUUCCGACACAGCUCGUCGCUGGUGCGCCACCAGCGCAUCCACACGGACGAGAAGGCCUUCCGCUGCGGCGAGUGCGGCAAGGCUUUCAGCCACGGCUCCAACCUCAGCCAGCACCGCAAGAUCCACGCGGGCGGCCGGCCCUACGCCUGUGCACGCUGUGGCCGACGCUUCUGCCGCAACUCGCACCUGAUCCAGCACGAGCGCACGCACACGGGCGAGAAGCCCUUCUCCUGCGCGCUCUGCGGUGCUGCCUUCAGCCAGGGCUCUUCCCUCUUCAAGCACCAGCGUGUGCACACGGGCGAGAAGCCCUUCUCUUGCGAGCAGUGCGGCCGCGCCUUCAGCCACAGCUCCAACCUCACGCAGCACCAGCUGCUGCACAGCGGGGAGCGGCCCUUCCGCUGUGGCGACUGCGGCAAGGCCUUCGCCAAGGGUGCCGUGCUGCUCAGCCACCAGCGCAUCCACACGGGUGAGAAGCCCUUCGUUUGUCCGCAGUGUGGCCGCGCCUUCCGCGAGCGCCCAGCCCUCUUCCACCACCAGAAGAUACACACCGGUGAGAAGGCUGGGCGGCGGCCCAGGGCCCGCGCCGGCUGCCCCCCGCAGCCCAAGGCCUCAUCCAUGGCACCCUCAGAGGCUGCUCUGGGGAGGGAGGCCCAUCCUACUGCCCCUCUAGCCUGAAGCCUACACAGACCUGAGAUCACCACGGGGACCCGACAGGUGCGCAGCGCAAGGAGCCCCAGCCGGCCACAGAAAGCCUUCGCCUGCAGCGUCUGUGGCAGGUGAGGACCGAAAUGACCGUUUGGUUCAGAGCUUAUACCUUCUCCAUCCUUAAAGAGGUCACGCUGCAGAACAGUUAUGGGCAGGGCAGCCAGGAAGUACCUGUGGCCAAGAGGAGGCUUGCCAGGGGGUGACUGGGAUAUGUCCUUGGGUUUUUCUGGGUCAUGUGGCAGACUGAACACAUUCCUCUCACUUGGCUGAGAAAACCCACUAAAAGGAGGGAAAGGAAGACUUAGGAUUCGUAAGUGACGAGAAGAUGACGAAAAAGAGGUCAAUGGUAACACUACUUUGACACAGAUGGUACAUAGUCAGCACUGGGAGGUGGGGAGGUGGUUUGACCAGGCUUACCCUGCAGAAUGCCAGAGGCAGGCCCAAAGCCCAGUACCUAUAGAAUGGGGCUGAAAGAGCAGCCAGAAAAGAGUGGGAGAGAGCUGAGAAGUGGUCAGCAGGAAUUAGUCCUUGCACUCUCCCUCCCAAGCAGACAUGAAAACUCGCUUCUGGUGGUUCUGUAGUCUCAGAGGAAGGACCUAAGCAUAGGCCUGCCCCAAACUGAUCAUUCUGAAGAGGAGGCUCAGAGUUGCCAAGUCCUGAGCUUCCAGUCAGUGCACCCACCUGAGGUUGUUCAGCACCAGGACACCCAAACAGGCAAACACUUUAGGAUUGGCCAAAUCAUAGUUCAGCCACUCCAUUGGGGAACAAAAAACUGAUAGUAACAUUGCCUACAGAGGUGAACUAAAAAUAACAGGUUUGACUAGUUCUGGGCCCCAAAAGAAAUGUUACGCUCCGCCAUCAGUCCAAGCAAACACUCGCAUCCUAACACGAAGACAUCGGGCUAUGAUGAUCAUAGGACAAAUGUGCUCCUUCCAACCAUCAAUGGACUAAUGCAAUAUCAGCCACUUGGGUAACAGCAGUAUUUGUUUACUUCAGUUAACUUUCUGCUGCAUUCUUCAGGUUGUCCCUCUGCAAGUAAAUGUCUUUUCCAAA